AUGUUCCUCUACCGGUCUCUCUCCGCCCUCUUCACGGCUGGCCAACGAGCCUUCUCCACCAACUCUUCCCCUCGAGCUCUACCAACUACCAAACAAUUUCUCGACCACCUUUGCUCACUGACCCCAAAAGAGAUCUCACAGCUCACGACUCUCUCCGUCCACGCCUAUCCUUUUCCCAUCUAUCCUCACGGAGACGAAGAUUCCUUCACCACACAUGACUUCACGGACCUGAUCCCCUUAUUUCCCGGCCUAAAGCUCAACACCUUUGAGGUGCAAGAUCCCUUUCAUGGAAUGGGCAUUAGUGAAGAUGGCUGGGGUCACGACGCUACAUACGACAUGGUAGAUUCGUUAAUAGAAAAAGGCAAGGGAUGGAAGGUCUGCGUGUUCAGGAGCGAUAGCGACCGGUGGCUCAAAGACGUGAACUUCGGACGACGGAUUGGCGACGAAUAUGGUUCGACGUCGUAUACACGUGAAGGGGCAGAAAAGCCUACUGGCGGAGACGACGCAGACACAAGCGAACAUCAGGGUGGGAGCCUGAAGAACGAGGGAGAGACGGGAGACAUAUCAAGGGCGGAUCGAGGCCUAGAGGUGGAGGAUACGAGAGAGAGUCACUUGAGCGCCGUCGAGUCUGAUGAGGAAUCGAAGAGUGGUUCGAGUGACAGCGACAGCGCCUUCGAAGAAUUCUCAGGCUUGAAAAAAGAUCGCCAGCCAAAUCACUGGGACCGCAUGAUCAAGGAGCGCGACGGAGUCGACAGCGGAGCCCGCGUUGAGAUGUGGGUCAAAGGUAUAGAGGAAGAUUGUCAAUGGCGCAAGAUCGGAGAGGAAGGGUACGUAGUGACGGGACGACGACGAGACCGGAGUGACUCUGCGAGAGACCCAGGGGCACAGGAUCUGCAUCCUUUGAUUGAAGUGAGAAUCCAGAGGGGCGAUAACGUGGAGUUUGCUGAGGAUGGAGAGAAGGAUCUCACGGGGAGCUGCGGAGAGCACAAGACGAUUUUGUAUAAGAUGUUCGAGACGAUGGGGUGGGAGGAGAUUAAGAGGAGUGGGCGGUACUACGCUGAUAGCCAGGUGGAGAAGAAUCCUUGCGCUUUGUUGUAG